AUGCAGCUUCUGAAGAUUAAACCUGUUCAGUGGGCAGAUGACUACCAGUUCAAUGCCUACACAACAUGGGAGAUCAGCAUUGCCAGGUUGACUGAGAAUGCUGUCAACCUCCUGCAGCACUGUGCAUUCAUGCACCACAGCGGCAUCCAGCAGGAGAUUUUCAGGGCUGCAUAUGACAGCUCAGAGUGGCCCGAGAAUCAGAGGCUGCCCUUCCUUGAAGGCUUCUUGGAUGGUCAUGGCCAGUGGGACAUGUUGAAGUUCUAUGAUGUGGUCAAGGAGCUGCUCGAGUGCUCCCUCGUCCACUCCUCCCAUGGGUCCUAUGACAUCCACCCUCUCAUCCACCAGUGGCUCUCUGACAAGGUGGAGAACAAGGCUGUCCUGCAGGCUGAGGUGGCGCAGAUUCUGGUGCUGGCUGUUCCUUCAGGGGGCAGAAGCCGCAGAACUCAGGAUGCGCUGUCACUCAAGAGGAUGUUGUAUGUGCACAUGCAGCAUGUGGACAAGGCUGGCCUCUCUAUUCAGGUGGCUGAGAAAUGGGCUGAGGUAUUCAGAGAUAUGGGGAAUUGGGCUGGGGAGCUCAAGCUCAGGGAGCUGGUCUAUGAUGAGAACAUGAAGCUGUAUGGGUUUGAGAACCAGAGGACUCUGGUGACAAAGGACUGA